UUCGGGAGGACUACUUCCGGGGGAGCGGCGCGGCGGCAUUGGAGAAACUGGCCGUGAAGAGGUGAAUGAGGCGAUCUCAGGCGCUGGUGGACUGAUUGGGCCAUGGCCUCUGACCUGGACUUCUCACCUCCUGAGGUGCCUGAGCCCACCUUCCUGGAGAACUUGCUUCGCUACGGACUCUUCCUGGGGGCCAUCUUCCAGCUCAUCUGUGUGCUGGCCAUCAUCGUGCCUGUCCCCAAGUCCUACGAGGUGGAGGCAGAGCCAUCCGAGCCCAGAAGUGCGGAGGUGACGAGGAAGCCCAAGGUUACUGUUCCAUCUGUCAACAAGAGGCCGAAGAAGGAGCCAAAGAAGAAGCGGUAGAAGUGGAGACCUGAGGGCCCGCCCUCCGUGGAGCCAGCCUCCUGUUUCUGUUCUCAUCCCACCUCAGGGGAUAGGCACAGGCCCCAGGCUCCAGCUGGGCAGGCCACCACUUCCUCUUCCCUCUGCUCCCAUGGUGCUUCAGGGUCCUGGGGACCGAAAGGCUCUGUGAGCCAGCACUGGGUGGGAGGGCGCUCACAAGUCCUGUCAGCUCAGAGUCACAUUUUGCUCCUUAAUCCUGGUAUCCAGCUAUUAGUCACCCAUUUGGUAGAUUGAGGCUCCAUCUUAUGCUGACAAGUGCAGUCUCUCCCAGUGCAUGUGCAGUGUGCAUCUCCUGCUCAUCGCCACCCUCAUCUCUGUGCUGCAAGGAGCCAGCUUUCGCCUGUGCUUAUCAGCUCGGGCUGCUGUGCCCUGCAGGGUUAGUGGUCCCACACACCACAGCAGUUAGAUUCCAAAGAUGACAGGGGGUUGGGGGUGGGAGUGGGGGUGGAGCGAGAGCUUGUGGGAGACCCGGGCUCCAGCACAUGGUAGAGAGAGCCCGGGCUGAAUGCAUAGUUUUGUUUUUUUUUUUUCCCCAGUCCUGGGCCUUGAACUCAGGG